UAAAACAUCCGCCCCGAGAAGGCCAGGACUCCCGACGACAUCCACUAGCAACCACCGCUCCUGAUCUCAGCUCGUCGAGAAACCAACCAAGAAUAGUCCGACACACAGGCCACCAUGGCGAACCCAUCCGCCACCGCUACUGCCUCCGCCUCGACCUCGAGGGCGUCGUGCUGGGCUACCAGCACCGCCAAGCUCACUUGCCUCUGCUCGCCGACCAACCACCCGGGCUCCUUCCGCUGCACUCGCCACCGCAACACGCGGGGGCGUCCGGAGACGUCGUCGUCCAACCGCGCGUCACACCAGUCCACGGCUCCGGGCGCGAGCGCGACCGUGCGCGUCGAGGGGAUCACCAGGAGCGGCGUUGUCGGCGCCGGCGGCAGAACCACCAAGGGCCGGUCCGUCCUGCGCGCGCACCUGCUGCGGCUGGUCAGCGCGCCGUCCUCCGCCGGCCGCGACCACCGCCGCUGCCGCGACUUCAAGCCCCGCCCAUCAAGGCUGGGCCGCCUCGCGGUGACCGCGUGACCUGGCUGCUCUGCCUCGCAGCUCGUACUAGGGAGCUCACCAGUAGUGGCGGACGGUGCGCCUCUAUUUCGCGCGCACCAACGCAUGGAUCCGUCGUGGUUAGCACGUAGCUAGGAUCGGGUACUACUCUGGAGAAUGGAACUGAUGAUGGUGCUGAUAAUCACUAGUACUAGUACUCUGGAUCUGUACACACUUCCUUGUAAUUUUUGCCGAGGAAUGACAUGGAGCAGUUUGUGUGA